AUGUCACUUCUUUUUGCUUGUACUCUGGGCAGUCUUUUGCUUUUCAGUCUUCUCUAUGCUAUUGGGGGAGUAAUUCAUCGCUUGUAUUUCUCGCCAUUGUCAAAGUUUCCAGGCCCCAAGCUGGCAGCUGCAACAUUGUGGUACGAAUUCUAUUAUGAUGUUGUACUGAAGGGGCAAUAUACCUUUAAGAUAAAAAGUCUGCAUCAAAAGUAUGGCCCAAUCGUUCGAAUUAGUCCCUAUGAACUACAUAUUAGCGACCCAGAAUUUUAUGGCACUCUGUACUCGCAUAGUUCGCCGCGAGACAAAUGUGCAUAUUAUGUCAAACCAUUCGACUUUCCUCAGUCCUCUUUCGGGACUAUAGACGCCAGGCUCCACCGUCUCCGCAGAGGUGCAAUUAACCCCUUCUUUUCCCGGGGUAAAGUCCUGAAACAAGAGUCACUUAUCCAGGAGCUAGUAUUCAAGUUUUGCAAGAGAGUCGAGAAUUUCGGAAAGCCUGGGGCAGUAAUUCCUCUCUCUCUCGGAUUCACAUGCCUUAUCACAGACUUGAUCACAUCGUACGUUAUGGGCCGGUCAUAUCAUUAUAUUGACCAGCCAGAUUGGCACCCUCACUGGGGCCAGACUCUCCGAGAUGCUUCGGAGUUUGGGAUGCUAGCCAGACAAGUAACGUGGGUGCUACCGAUUCUCAAAAGCAUCCCACAAGUUUGGGCGGAGGCUCUGAACCCUGGACUUUGCCUGUUUUUCACGUUAACCAGGCGGACCCAAGACCGAAUAUCAGAAACACAAAAAGAGAGAGACUCCAUGGAAAAGGGGGAAUUAAGAUUUGAAAAAAGGCAGACAUUGAUAGACCAAGUGUUAGACUCCAAGUUAGCAGCAGAGGAAAAAUCAUCAGAGAGACUCGCACAAGAGAUUCGUUCGGCGAUCGGAGCAGGCACCGAAACAACGUCCAACGCGCUCACUGUGACGAUGUUCCAUGUGCUCAGCAACCCAGAAACGCUCCGCAGGCUUCAGAGGGAGCUUCAGGAGCUCGAGCCUGACUUAGACGCUCUAACAAAUCUUUGUGAUCUAGAAAAGCUGCCGUACUUGGUAUGUUCGAGGUCAAUCGCUCACACAAUCGAUACUCAUACUGACAUUGCCAUAAAUCCAGUCAUCAUGCAUCUUGGAGGGAUUGCGGUAGGUUGUCUGGGUCAAAGACUAUCGGGGUCAAGAGCUGCUAACGCUUGGACGUACCAGAUUGUCUUAUGGCGUCAGUACGCGACUGCAACGCAAAUCGAAUACAGCGAUCCAAUAUAA